GUCUCUUCCUGCUGGGGAGAUCGCGGUGGUGCACCGGGGUGGGCAGGGAUCUGUGCGUGAGAUGUGAGGCUUUUAGGGUGAGAGUCGGAGGUCAACAAAGGUAAAAAGGAGAGACUAUGAGAUCCACAGGUGUGAGACGGGGUGAAUGGGGGAUGAUACGGAGGUCUGUGGGGCGAGAGGGAGGUCUGAGUCGAAACGGAUUUGUAGGAAUAAAACAGGUCUAUACGGGCAAUAUAACGUUUUGUGGAGAGAGAAGGGUUAGUGGGGCGACAUUUUGGGGAGACCGAAGGGGCGAGAUUGGGAUGAUAUAGAGGCCGUUGGAAGGAUGUGGGAUUCUACCCGAUUGGAUAGGGAAUGAAGUGGUGUUGGGUAGGCCAUUGGCAGUGGUGUAGUAGGUUCAUGGGUGAGAUGAGAGGCUCUGGAUGAAGACUCAGCCUUUGGGGGUUCAGAUGAAUUAAGAGACCCUACAAAUGCCAAAGACUUGAGGAGCAAGAGAAGGAGGAUGCAGGCUUCCGCCAUCAGUUCUCCACACAGGAGACGACCCCCCAGAUCUGUGUGGUGGGCAGUGGUCCAGCUGGCUUCUACACCGCCCAACACCUGCUAAAGGGAGCUCCAAGCUGCUGGCUGUGCUCCUAAGACAGGACCACCUGCAGCAUAUUUGGGACAGUGGCAGUUAGCUUGAGUCAGGCACUGAGCGCAGCAUCUGGUAGCAUCCCCAUGGCAACCUGCAAAGCAGGUGUUGUGCCUCUUGCUUCACAGCAGCACCCCCAGGCCCACGUGGACAUCUACGAGAAGCAGCCUGUGCCCUUUGGCCUGGUACGCUUUGGCGUGGCGCCUGACCAUCCCGAGGUGAAGAAUGUCAUCAACACAUUCACCCAGACAGCCCACUGUGGCCGCUGUGCCUUCUGGGGCAACGUGGAGGUGGGCAGGGACGUGACAGUGCCGGAGCUGCGGGAGGCCUAUCAUGCCGUGGUGCUGAGCUAUGGGGCAGAGGACCAUCGGGCCCUGGAAAUUCCUGGUGAGGAGCUGCCAGGUGUGUGCUCUGCCCGGGCCUUUGUGGGCUGGUACAACGGGCUUCCUGAGAACCAGGAGCUGAAGCCAGACCUGAGCUGUGACACAGCUGUGAUUCUGGGGCAGGGGAACGUGGCUCUGGACGUGGCCCGUAUCCUACUGACCCCACCUGAGCACCUGGAGAAAACGGACAUCACGAAGGCAGCUCUGGAUGUGCUGAGGCAGAGUCGAGUGAAGACAGUGUGGCUAGUGGGCCGGCGUGGACCCCUGCAAGUGGCCUUCACCAUUAAGGAGCUUCGGGAGAUGAUUCAGUUACCAGGAACCCGGCCCAUUUUGGAUCCUGUGGAUUUCUUGGGCCUCCAGGACAGGCUCAAAGGGACAGCCUGGAGACAGUCUACGAUGCUGACAGAGGUCCCGCGCCCAAGGAAGCGGCUGACGGAACUGCUGCUUCGAACAGCCAUGGAGAAGCCAGGGCCGGAGGAGGCUGCCCGCCGGGCAUCGGCCUCUCGUGCCUGGGGCCUCCGCUUUUUCCGAAGCCCCCAGCAGGUGCUGCCCUCGCCAGAUGGGCGGGGGGCAGCAGGUGUCCGUCUGGCAGUCACUAGACUGGAGGGUGUCGGUGAGGCCACCCGGGCAGUGCCCACGGGAGCCAUGGAAGACCUCCCUUGUGGGCUGGUGCUCAGCAGCAUUGGGUAUAAGAGCCGCCCUAUUGACCCAAGUGUGCCCUUUGACUCCAAGCUUGGGGUCAUCCCCAAUGUGGAGGGCCGGGUUACGGAUGUGCCAGGCCUCUACUGCAGCGGCUGGGUGAAGAGAGGACCCACAGGGGUCAUAGCUACAACCAUGACUGACAGCUUCCUCACCGGCCAGAUGCUACUGCAGGACCUGAAGGCUGGGCUGCUCCCCUCUGGCCCCAGGCCUGGCUCCGCAGCCAUCCAGGCCCUGCUCAGCAGCCGAGGGGUCCAGCCAGUCUCUUUCUCAGACUGGGAGAAGCUAGAUGCUGAGGAGGUUGCCCGGGGCCAGGGCACUGGGAGGCCCCGGGAGAAGCUGGUGGAUCCUCAGGAGAUGCUGCACCUGCUGGGACACUGAGCCCAGCCCCAGCCCCUGGCAGGGAAGGGAUGAGUCCUGGGAGGGGACGGGCUGGGUCUGCCCAGUGGGACUCUGCUACAUCCUGGCAGGGCAGGCUUGGAGGCUUGGCUGCCCUUCCAGGGUCUCUUUUCCCUCCUGGGGAAGCUUGUCCUGACCAGCAAGGUUUUAGGUUUCAGCAACCUUAGGGUCGUGUGGAGGAGCGGCUGACCUAACUCCUUCCCACCUCUCAUACUGGAAAUAAAACAGCUGCAACCAA